AUGGGCGCUGGGGCGUCGACGCAGGACCUCCGGCAGCUCAGUGCCUCGGCGAUUGCCGCCGAGGUCGUGGGCUUGGGCUCGGCUUACGCGCCGUACGAAGCCGGCAUCCUCGCCAACGGCGUCGACGGCGACGUCGUCGCGCACUUGCAGUCGGAGCAGCUACCGAUGCUCUUUGGCACCCUCGGCGUCACCAACACGAUUCACCAAACGAAGCUGGCAUCGCUUCACAGUCAGCACCGGAAGGCGCUGCUCACGCGCAGUCUGAGCAUGGCUGGCCACAUGACUGCCAAGCUCUCCACCUCGCCCCGCCAGCCCAAGGCGUUUGACGUCUUCUUGUCGCACAACUGGGGCCACGACGAACUCGGGCGCGACAACCACGCGCGUGUCGCCAAUAUCAACGCUUUUCUGCGCCAAAAGUACUCCGAGAUCAAGACGUGGUUCGACCAAGACAAAAUGCAUGGCAACAUCCUCAAGGCGAUGGCCCAUGGCAUCGAAGAAAGUCAAAUCGUGCUCAUUUUUGUGACGCAGUUGUACCAGACCAAGGUCAACGGCGACAACGCCAACGACAACUGCCAGCUCGAGUUUGGCAUGGCCAAGACCACGCAGACCGCGCAGUGGAUGAUCCCUGUCAUUAUGGACCCGUGCAUGAAGACGCCGCGCCACUGGUGCGGGCAGUUCAAGCUCGUGCUUGCCAAUCAGCUCUACGUCGACUUGACGUCGGAUGAGGACGACGCGUUCAUAACCGGGUGCAACACCCUCCUCCAACGCAUCGAUGGGCUCCUGCUCAAGCUCGGGCGGCCCUCGGUCCUGCCUCCGACGCACCGAAGUUCACAAGAGACGCAAGCACCGUCGUCGCCUCGCACGACCGACAGUGCGAGCGAGCUCGUUACGCUUUUUGCGACGUGGCAGCGCGCGAUUGAAGCCCACGGCGUGGACGCUGAGCAAGAUACCGUCGCGGCCAUCGUUGACCAGCUCUCGUCGCCCGAGGUGGCGUUGCCCUCCAUGGGGUUUCCGUGGUCGUGUCUCGUGCACGGCUUUACCUCGUUGUCCCUCGGGCUCCAAGACGAUGCGUGUGCGAUGAGCGUACUGCUCCUUGAUCGGCUACCGACGACCGCCGAGUCGCUCCUCUCGUUUCCAACCGUGCUGCCUUUUCUUCUCGAGGCCGUGACGCACCCCCUAUCUGACGCACCACCCAACGCGAUCGUUUUGCUGUGCAACCUCAGCAGCAUCGAGACGGCGGCGCCUGCGCUCUUGGCGUCGCCUGUCAUCGAGCGUCUCUUGGCGUGGACAGCGACCGAGGUCGACGACCACUGGCUACCGCGCCUCGAAACC